UGGGUGGGUAGGUGGGUGUGUGAGAGCAAUCAAACCACCCAUGGUGAAUGGGAACUGUUUCCCAAGACGGUGGUAAGGUUGAUAUACUCUCUGCGCUCAACGGCAUGGAUGGAUGGGCAGACGUCGCGUGGACGGUAAGGGAUUUUCUUCCUUCCUUUCUCUAUUUGGGAAACGUAGGGUUGGGAUGAGUCUUUGUGCAUGGGUAUCUAGUUCAUGGGGGGGAAAUAUAAUACAGGGCAAUACAGUGAGGUAUAGUACAUUCGAUGGAUGUACAUUUCAUGUCAUAUCCAGAGACGGCAGUGUCCCGUCGGGACAAGGCUGGUCAAGAUCAUCGACGUUCCAAGCCGGCGUUGAGGGCUGUUGAUCUUUGUUUGCUACUAUGUAGGAAUCAUGUGAUGGGGGGUGCGGAUUUAUGCAUAACCG